AUGAAAAUAUCAGUGCUCAUUACAACUGUGCUGAUCGUGCAGGUCUCAUCAACAUCAUUUUUCGAUUUAUUUCACGGCGCGGUACAGUCGGUUCAAACUGGUUUUGGAAAACUAUUAACUGAUGUAGUAACCGAUGUCAAAGAAACUGUCGAUUGCACGAUUUUGGCAGUACAACAAAUGCUUUCUUUAAACGAAGAUGCAACUAGACGUUAUUUUGAGAAAUGUGGAAAUGGUAUGAACUCUACUUCAACAGAUGUAAAUUCUACAAACGUGGAAGGUGAUCAACCCGUUAAUGAAGAAAAUCUUGAAAAGGAAAUAGACGAGAAAAUUAACAAGACAGUUUCUAAAGUUUUCGUUGACUACAAACCCGAUGAAAAAAUUAAAGAGCUUGAAAAAUUACUUGUCAAGGAGUCAGAACAAUUAGCUGAUGUUAACGAUUUAUUAAAAAAAGAAAUAAAGAAGCUUUCUGAAGAAGUCGAUAAAGAUUUCAAAAAAGUUAAACAUGAUGAUACGGAAUCGUCUGUUGAGACAAUUCUACAUGAAAUCAAAGUAUUAGAAAAGGAAGAACAAAAUACAAGAAACACUUCAGAAGCUCAGGAGAUUCAUCACGUAAUGUCGGAGGUUUUAGAAAAAAUAGAUGCAAUUGAAUCAACUGAGGCAACUGAGAACGUUAAACUAGAUGAGAUUGUGAGAGAUUUACAAAACAAAUCUAAAGACAACAGCAUUAUUCUUUUAAAACAAGAAAUUAAAGAAUGGAAAGAAGAAGAGUCGAGAAAUUUAGGUGAAUUAAUGAAAGAAGUAGAAGAACAUGAAAAAAUCUUUGUUCGCCCAAAAAUAGAACCGGAAUGUAACCAUACCGAACCUGUUAUAUUCAACAUUGCCGUGCCUAAAGAUCCUACUGCCAGCUUUUUAAACUCACAAGAAACAUCCAGUGAGAAUAUGACAAAAGCCAUUGUUAUCGAUGAAAGCGCCAGUAUUAACAAAUCUAUAAUAUCGCUCAACGGCAGUCAACGCUCUAAUGAGACUAUUCAGCUAGACGAGCUAACGAAACCAAUAAAUCCUGAAACUAAGCCUCUAACUAUAACCAAUUCAACCAUUGAAAACACAACAAUCAUACACGAGAAUAUAUUUAAGGAUGCUGUUAGAGCGGAUAACGUAAAUGUUAGCAUAUCGUCAGCGAAAGAUAAACCUACAGGUUAUAUGGCUAACAAUGACACCGUUAUUGUAAGAGAAAUGCAAAGAACUAACGUUGAAUUAACUUCAAGCACUCAAGGGAUUAUCUAUAGCGGUAAUAUUAACAAUACAGAAACCACCAGUUCAAGUACUACUAUGGAUGCAAUGUCCACUGAAAAAGUACUAACCUUAGCCGUACCUUCAAACGUGACAGCAACUUCAGAAAAAAUCGACACACAUUUAACUUCUGUACCCGUAUUUCUGUAUGAAGACUUUAUUUUUGCAAACAAAUCGAUCCAACCUGAGGAAAUAACUACAACACGUACUGAAGAGAUUACUGCAUCUACUACAAAACCCACAAUAAUUCCUGAUCAGUCAUUAUAUAGCACGCCAAUUAGUGAAAUCAAUUCACAUCAACUUUUAAACACAACAGAAAAUAACGAUAAUACUUCAGUUACUACUAAACCAAAUGAAGUGCAUCCAAACUUGCACAUCACAAAUAGUUCACCUGAUAAUGAAGACAAUCCUUUAUUUACUACAAAAAUGUACAAUCCAAUGGCUUCUAACAUGACAUUCACAAAUAGUCCACACGAUAGUAAUACUACUACACCUGAAGAAAUAAGUUCACCUGGUAUUGAUGAUACUACAAUUACUACCGAACUGAACUACUUAACUAAUAACAUACAAGUCAGAGAUAGUUCACCUGGUAAUGAAAAUAUUCGACUUGAAAAAUUAACUACAGUAGGUUAUGCAGACAAUUCCACAUUAACUACAGAACCAAAUGCUACUUUGCCAGAAGACUUUUCAACCACGGAUAGUUUACUUGUUAGUGGAAAUAUUCUAGCUGAAGAAUUUACUAGAGCUGUUAGUGACAAUAGUCCCGAAUAUCUACAGAAUACAGAACCGAAUGAAUCAGUGACUUCAAUGGUGGAGAGUGCAUAUACCAGUGAAAGUACUCCUCAUGUAGAACUGACUACAGCUAAUAAUGACGAUUUUUCUACUACAGAACCAAACUACUCUGUAAAUUCUACCCAAUCAAUCACAGACAGUUCAUCUGCUACCGAAAAUAUUACACUUGAAGAAUUAGCUACAUAUGGUAAAGAAGACAGUGCUACUGUUACUACAGAACUGUACGACACAGUGACUCCUGAUAUGACCGUAAUAGAUAGUUCACCUACUAGUGAAAUUGCUGUAUCUGAAGUAACCAGUGCGAUAACAGAUGAUAAAGAAUCAAUACCAACCACAACAGAUGUUACCGACUCAACUGCAGCAGCCCAAGACGGCAGUAAUAUAACAAACGCAUCAAAUUCACAUGAAGAAGAAAUAACGCCGUGCUGUAAAGAUUAUGAAGAAGUUUUAAACAGAUUAACAAGUGAAAAUACAACAAGAAUCACGACUAGCGAAAACACACCCUCAGAAACUCCGAUGCCUGCGAUAGAUGUAACGACGGAGACGUUAGGCAAAACUUUAACUACACAGAUUCCAACACUUAGAGCUGGACUCAUAGAUAGCAAAAACAUAUCGUUUGAUUACGACUCUUUCUUUCCCUCUCAAACAAAUAAAGAGGUUCGUGUACGUGCUAUAAAGGAGGCCCGUCAACUCAUGAGGGGGAGAAAACGCUCAGAGCGCAUAAUUAAUAAUAUUCUCAAAAAUAAAAGAAAAGGUGCAGUUAGCUUAUUUAGUCGUCCGAUUCCAAUAAAUUCAGGCUCGAAAAACGGUGCAUUCGUUUUAAGUAUGUCUAAGAGCCCGAUCUAG